GGUUUUAGCGUUACCCGCUGGUGCCGGAAUCAUAAACCUAGGGUUUAGCCUGAACACAGGACGUGCUGUCUGUUGAUCGAGUCGCAUACCUUUCUGCGACGGCCGUCGCUACGUUCCAACCAUGCCGAAGGUCGAUCGCGGCGAAGUUGUCGCAUGUCCGCCCGUGCGACUGCUCACGGGCGACGAGCUCGGUCUUCUCAAAGUCGUUUCUCUCGGGCAGAACAGAGGCACAGGUGCUGGUGGCUCGGCAGGACCCCAAGCCGGAGCGUCUGGCUCGGGGACAGGCUCGGCGCAGUCCGUGGUUAGGUUCGGCGAGGCGGAUAAGAGCCGCGCGGCCGUGUGCUGCUCGGCGUGCGUUGCUGUGGACGAGCGGUCGUCGAUCGUGGCAGUCGCGCGCAAGCAUGGCAUGGUUGACGUGUUGCUGCUAACAACGCCCGCCGCUGUCGCUCCAUCCGCGGUAGAAGCGCCAGCAUCAGGCGCAGCAGCUGCACCCGCGGCAGCAGAGGGGGGUGAUGGCGGAGCCCCCACCGCCCCCCCCACUAGUACCUCCCCCCAAGUGCGCCUGCUGCUCUCCUUCCCCGCGUGGCAGGGGUGCAUGCAGGGGGACGGGCGUGCGGUGCAGAGUGAUAGUCAAUGCAGGGAGGGUGAGGGGGGGCAGGGGGGGGGGGAGCAGGCGGAUGGGGAGGGCAGGGAGGCAGGCGGAGCAGGAGGAGAGCGGCAGUGGGGCCUGGCGGAUCCGAGUCUGGACGGUGCAUGCUGCUCCCUCGCCCUCAUGCCUCAACCCACCAGCCAUGGCGCCACAUCCGCUCAUGGGACCCCUCCCCAAGAUGCUGUCACAUCCGGUCCGAGUAGUUUGUCAGGGGAGGCGCAAGGAGAGGACUCAGAGGAGCAGGAGCGACCCAGUAGGCAGGCGUGGGUGCUGGUGUCGGCAUCUCACAACGGGCUCGUGUGCGUGAGAGAGGUGGCGGUGGUGUGUAGGCCGGACAGCAGGGCGAGUGAGGGGGUGGGGAGGGGAGAGAGGGCGGGCGCACGGGACGACGAGUUGGAGGAAGGGGAGGAGGUGAGUGAGGAUGAGGACGAGGGAGGAGGGGAGGGGGGAGUGAAGGAGCAAGGGGAGGGUGCGGAGUGGGAGGGGGAGUGGGGGCAGCGGCUGGUGAGGCGUUUCGUGGCGAUUGCACCUCAUAAGCCGUCCAGGAAGAAGAAGAGGAAGCAGCAGGAGGGUGCUGAGAGUUGCGUAGAUGGCACCACAGGGGCCGGAGGGAGUUCAGGCAGUGGCGCGGCUCCUGCUGCCAAUGGUGGUGGUGCUGCUGCUGCUCCUGCUGCUUCCAGCGCGACAGCAGGAGGGCCAGAGAGGCCUCGACUGCUGUGUGGCGCUGUGGACCCCAGUGCAGCCACCAUCGCUGUUGGCGGGAAAGCAGCGGACCUAACGGUGUGGGACCUGCGCACAGGCGCCCUCACAUGGGAGGCCAGGCUGCCGCUCCCAAGCCCCUACGGCGUGGUGGCGCCCAAGCAUGUAACAGCAGUGUGCCACGUCAGCGCCGCCCACCCUGCGCGCAUCGUGACAGCGUGUCUGGACAACUCCCUGCGUGUCUUCGACCUGCUGCUGCAGCCACGGCCUCUUAGGGUCGUUUCUCUCGGCACUGUGCCCAUCCGCUCCCUCACGGCUUUGUGGAGCAGUGGUGGUGGGGAGUGCAGUGCGGUGGUGGUUGGCACGGGCAUGGGGGAGAUGAAGCUGGUUGACUUGCAACAUGGUGAGUGAAGUGACUGGAUGCCCUCCAAACAAGGUAAGCCCGUGGAUGCAUGACCUUCUGACAGCGUCCCUCGACAACUCCCUCCGUAUCUUCCACCUCCUGCUGCAGCCGCGGCCCCUCAGAUGGGUGGGCAUGAGCAGUGGGUGUGCAUGAGCAGUGGGUGUGCAUGAGCAGUGGGUGUGCAUGAGCAGUGGGUGUGCAUGAGCAGUGGGUGUGCAUGAGCAGUGGGUGUGCAUGAGCAGUGGGUGGGCAUGAGCAGUGGUGGGUGGGCAUGAGCAGUGGGUGUGCAUGAGCAGUGGGUGUGCAUGAGCAGUGGGUGUGCAUGAGCAGUGGGUGUGCAUGAGCAGUGGGUGUGCAUGAGCAGUGGGUGGGCAUGAGCAGUGG